UUGACAUCUUUUAAUAUUUUAAUAUAAUAUUGUCAUAAUAUUGUUUAUCCUGAGCAGCAUAUACUAAAAAAAUGGGAAGUAUGAUAGGAAUGCGAUUUUGUGCUAAUACUGUAUUAAAAAACUACACAGUAAUGUCAGUAAGAGUGAUGAAAAGUUAUUACUGUCAUUUUUUAUUAAAUUGGGAAAUGUGUUAUUCCAAGAGCCAACAAAAGUGUUUGAAUGCACUUUAUUAUCAUGAUAUUUCAAAUUAUUCACCAUCUACUUGUACCAAACUAAAUAACAGAUUUUUCUCUAUAACCUAUACAUUGGCAAAAGCCAAGGAUCGUGGUAAAGAUAAGAAAAAGCAAAAGGUGCAGCAUAUUGAUUUCAAUGAGAUGGAAGAAGUUAUCGAUGUUAAUAAGUUAACAUCUCAACUUGACAAGGCUAUUGAAGGUUUGAAAAAUAAUUUUGUCAAGUAUUUGUCGAUAAGAUCAAGUGUGGGUGCUCUAGAGGAGUUGGUUGUGAGAUUUGAAGAUAAAGAUUACACAUUGCAGGAGCUUGCUCAGAUUAGUCGUAAACCUAAACUCAUAGUAUUGAAUAUAUCCACUUUUCCACAAGCUAUUCCAAAUAUUCUUAACAGUCUGUCAAAAAAUCAGAUGAACCUAAAUCCACAACAGGAUGGAACUACAGUUUAUGUCCCUAUUCCUAAAGUAACAAAGGAACACCGAGAAACAUUGUCCAAAAAUGCAAAAGGCUUUUAUGUGAAAUGUUGUGAUAAUGUUAGAGAUAUACGCAACAAACAAAUUAAAUCUCUCAAACGAGAAGAAAGUUUAGCCAAAGACUUGGUGUUCAAGAUAGAAGGUUAUAUAGAUGCUCUAAGUCAGCAAUAUAUAAGUAAAGCUGAACAACUGUUGGAAACCAAACAGAAAGAAUUAUUGGGUGAAUCUGAAUAAGGCUAAUAUUUUAUGAAUUGUAAUAUCCUCAGAUAACUGGCUCUUACAAAUAUCUGUGAAUAAUUCAUAAUUAUUAUUAAAUAAUUAUUAUUAAAUAAUUUGUUAUACCUAAAGGAAGAUUAAUCCAAACGAAAUAACCACCUCCAGGACGCCGAUAUGAACAACAUUUUGGCAGAAAUCGAUCUAAAGUUGCGCAAAGUGCAUUUAAUCGCUCCUACGAAUUUGAUAGUCAUUAAAGUUAACAACAAAAUCAUUUAAAAUAUUUUUAUAUCCUGGAAGAAUAAUGUAAAACGUACUCUAUAGAUCUCUAUGAUUUUAUUGAGAUAUUCGUCUUCGAUAUUCUCAUGAAGCAUGCUCGUAAUUAUACCGGAAACAUAAUGAUUUACUCCACCACCGCUGCAUAGUAUACCGCUAAAAAAUUGUAACAGAGUCUUGCUGGACUCACCAUGUUUUUAUAAUGUUAACAACACGCGGGCUGCAUUCAAGCCAUCCAAAACGAAUCGCUGGCGAAAAGAUUUUGGAAAACGAGCAGUUCGACACGACGUUCCCGCCUCUGUAAUUUGGAUCCUGAGGAUUGUCGUAAGAGAUCAAGCGUAAUGGCGGAAGUCCUUGUCCGUAAUAAAGUAAAUUGUACACAUCGUCGCAGGUUACCAAUAUAGAAUUGUUUUGUGCAAUCUCCACUAAGCGCUUGCAUUGAUCUGCCGAGAAAUAAAACCAUUUUUUAACAUGAAA